ACCUUCUUUUUGGUUCCGGCCUCACUGGAGCAAACAUGGCGGCUGAGGGAGACGUCGAUUUGGACCUGGAAGCCGAGGAAAACUGCACCGGGAAACCGGCAGAAAAGCCUCGUAAACAUGACAGCGGGGCCGCUGACCUGGAGAGGGUCACGGACUACGCGGAGGAGAAAGAAAUCUCCAGCUCUGAUUUAGAAACGGCGAUGUCAGUGAUUGGAGACAGAAGAUCACGAGAACAGAAAGCCAAACAAGAGAGAGAAAAAGAAUUGGCUAAAGUCACCAUCAAGAAAGAGGAUGUAGAGCUCAUUAUGUCAGAGAUGGAGAUUUCGAGGGCUGUUGCUGAGCGCAGUUUGCGGGAACACAUGGGGAAUGUGGUGGAGGCUCUGGUGGCUCUCACCAACUGAACAAAAAGCAGCGACACACUGGACUGCUUUGCUUUGUCGUCUGUGAACAGGGCUCAUUAGGACUGAACCAAACCCCAAAGUGAAACUGUUGUGAUCUAAUCUUUGCCCCAGUUUUUUUUUUCUUUUUUAAAAUAAAUGUUGAACUGACUCGUU